AUGUCUUCUAACAAUACCGGAACAAUGCUGGCUGCAAGAUGGCAUCCCCCUUCGUACGAUAUCCGAGUAGAGAAUGUUCCUGUUCCUCAAAUCGAAGAUCCGGAUGAUGCAGUCGUGAAAGUGACUCUUGCUGGGCUUUGCGGUAGCGAUCUGCACAUCUAUCGAGGACAACAGCCUAUCACGAAAGUUCAUAUAACAGGCCAUGAGUUUAUCGGGGAGGUCGUCAAAUUGGGCUCCAACUAUGGUCCCAACGCUGCUCGAUCCACCAGUGGAAGACCGAAUUUGUACGCAACGCUGAGCGUCGGGGACAAAGUCGUCGCGCCGUUCACGGUCAAUUGUGGAGAAUGCCAUGUAUGUCGACUAGGAUAUACCGGGCGCUGUCCUGUUGGGGCGCUUUUCGGCAGUCCCAAGCUAGAUGGAGGACAAGCCCAAUACGUACGCGUACCCAAAGCCGGAGGAACACUAUACAACCUCAGCUCCCCAGCUUCCUGGUCUAGCGCGCUCACUGCCACCUCCGACGUGGAAACUCUCCUCGAAAAUAUCUCAGAUAGUUCUUUGCUACUUUUAUCGGAUAUCCUUCCUACUGGAGUCUUUGCCGCUACGCAGCUCCUAGCCCAUCCAAAGGUGCAGCCAAUGCUUACAGGGAGGUCUUGGCCAUCGAGCUUAAACCCUUCGAGCCCUACUAUCGAUCUCGGUUCUGGUUUACUGACUCAAGAGGACCGCCUCUUGACCAUAGCUAUGAUCGGACUGGGUCCUGUGGGCGUGUGUGCUGCCGUAGCGCUACUUGAUGCCUUAGUUCAGAAGGGUCUGCCGUAUCGCAUUGUGGCUAUUGAUAUCAACCAAAGCCGGAGAGAGAAAAUGGAAAAGGUGUACGAAGCAAUUGGGUCCGAUGGGAAAGGCCAGAAUGGAGAAUUCGUAGUGCAGGGUCUUGAAGAAGCGAAGGAGACGGUGGCGAAGUGGACUGGAGAUGUUGGAUGUACAGGUGUGUUGGAGGUAGUUGGAAAUAACAGCGCAUUAACAGCGGCGUAUGAUCUCGCGCGACCAUUCGGUGUCAUCACCUCAGUAGGUGUACAUGCACCGAAGAACGUUCCUUUCACUGGGCAAGAUCUAUACAAUAAGAACAUCUCGUUUGAUUUCGGACGUUGUCCUGCUCGUGCGAUGUUUCCCAUGGCAUUCGAAUUGUUAGUAAAACGACAAGAUGUAUUUGGCAAAGUGGGCACAGAGAGUAGUCUGAUUGACCGUGUUGUGGAUAUCAAGCAAGCUUCGGAAAUGUAUAGAGCUUUCGAUCAGGGCCAGGUAGGGAAGGUGCUGUUCGAUCCUUGGGACCAAGCUUGA